CGUGACCCCCCGAAUCCGCCAAUCAGGCCAAGGACACGCCGCAGCUGCGCAGACUCUUCCAACUCCAAUGCGAAGGUGAACGAACCCUCUUAACUCUAGCAACCCAGUUCUCGGUGACCGUUGGAUCUUGCGCGCAUAAAGUCUUCUAAACUGCGCACCUAGACUCGACGGUUGAUCCAAACCUUCUUCAGCGAUGGCGCAGUUUCGCGCAAAGAAACUCGACCUAGGUUGCUUCAUCAACUCCAAGAUCAUCCGCGACCACACAAAGCGCAAGACCUUUGAGCAAUUUGAACCGCAGAGGCAAGCACUCCGCUACCUCGUUCGGAACACAUCACUCCCAGACUGGGUGCGAACAAAGGCGCAAUUCGAGCUGAGACACAUGCACUGCUACACCAGGCCGACACAGAUAAAGAACAGGUGUAUAAUGGGAGGUGUGGCCCGGAGUGUGCUGAGGAAGUUCAGGAUGGGCAGGUUCCAAUUCCGCAUGAAUGCGCUCGAAGGGACCAUACCGGGCGUCAAGAAGGCCAGUUGGUGAGCUAGCUGUACAAAUAUUUUGCAGGCAUUUGGAUCCGGGGCAUUUCAUGGCAUGUGACGGCGUUCUCUCUGCGCUACAUACUUUAGAAUAAGAGGAGUGUGAGUAAGAAGGACCAUAUACCAGCUGGAGUGAAGGUUGAGGUUCAAGUUCUUCAAACGGAACUAUUCGAGCUCUUGAAAAGGAAUGUACCUAGGUCUUCUCUGUUGGUACAGCACGAUCCGGGUUUGCGAUGAAGCUGACGUCGCUGAACAAUCCCCUAGAGCAAUAAAAUAGAGCGGGCCUUCAGGUCCCUUCGAUCCCACUAACGGCGCCGUUCAG